AUGGCUGCUUCUUACAUCAUCAUUGUCCUCCUUGUAUUCACUGCAGGGACCCUGAUGCCUACGGUGAAAGGUGACAUUUGCACAGAAGAUUUGGGUGCAUGCGAUGAUGGCUGCAAUUCAAGGUGCACAUCUGCACAUUCUGGGGCUAAGGCCGGUUGCGAUUUGAACAACAACACCCCAGUUUGCAGAUGCUACUUCGACUGUCCACCUCCAUCUCCACCGCCAUACUCAAAAACUUGCAAACUGAGUUUGGGAAUAUGGGGAGAAAACUGCUCUGACGAGGACUGCAACUCAGAGUGUGCUGCUAAAUAUCCUGGACCCCAACAAGGAAUCGGGUACUGUUAUAGCGUUGGAGCUCCUUUUUAUACUUCUUGUUUUUGCCAAUACAAGUGUUAG